UCAGAUACUGUGACAAGCUGAAAUCCGGCCAACUUCAAGUCGGUGAAUCGCUAUAUAUCUAGAGUCUAGAGCCAUGAAAUAUAUAAAAUAUAUAUGUAUUCGAAUUUUCGGAAAUUUUGUCCUCUUUCUUAUUCUAUCGUAAUUUACACUUUGAAUAAUUAAUUCUCUUGGCUAAAAAUAUAACGGAUCGUUAGUAUAUAUCGAUAUUUCGCUAAAAAUGAGAGGGGGGGGAGUGUUAUCUGUCGAAAAUAAAAAUAAUUCGGCGCAAUAUUCGCGUAGUGUCAUCUCCUCGUUUGAGAAACGUCAAACGUCAAACGUCACGCGGAUGAUCGCGGACGAUCUUUUCUCUCUCCCGCACUCAUCGGUUCAUUUACUGUGAAAUAGAAUUUUUAUAGAAUGUAUCAUUCGUUUACGUCGUACUUCAAAAGGAAUCUGUCUUAAAGAAAAGAAACAAUCACUCAUUUUUUAUUUUUUUAUUUUCGUUUUCUUUUUCGAUAACGAAACUGCUGAAAUUUUUUUGUAUUAUUAUGACGUAAGAAAAAGGUUCACUCUCUAGAAUCUUCGAAUGACAACACAAAUAGUUGUUUGUGAAAGUAUUCGAGUUAACCUCUCACACUUCCGUCCGCGCAGUCAUCAAGACUCCAAAUCGUUGCUCGCAAGUAUAUAAAUAUAACGCGCGAAAAAGAAAAUAAAAUAAAAACGCGUCUCGCGCACGUAAAAAAACAUCUUCCACAUGUCUUGUGAAAGGAGGAAUUUGCAGUCGAAACGUCUGUACACGGUUUUCGCGAACGAGAGUGUUCGUAACUACAAUUCAAUCAUAUUAUAUAUCUGUCAUUUCCCGCGUGAUCGCGACCUAACCGUCUGAUCAGGAGGGCUUCCUACGGAGGAGGAGGCUGCCACGGAGGAGCAUUAUUUUUAGGACCCACCACGUCGUCUCGCGUAAAUAACAUGUCCCGCCCGCAAGCCUGACGCUCCUUUACGAGGGAUACGGAUAAAUAUGAUAUCUGUUAAUUAUAGGCAAGCAACUCGGGAGGAUAUUCAAAUGAAAGUAAUAUAGCAGCAAAACGAAUCAAACUUUGCAAAAAAAUGUUUUGUUGGGGCAGUACUAUACAUGGAGAGUUGGGAUUGGGUGGUAUCGAGGAUGAGAAUAUCUUUAUGCCUCGACAAGUGGAUUUUGCAAAAGCCAAUGAGAUCGAAGAAAUUGCAUGUGGAGAAAAUUAUACUGUAGCCAUUACAAUUGAAGGGCAAGUAUAUUCCUGUGGUAAUAACGAUUAUGGACAACUUGGUCAUGAAAAGGCAAGAAAAAGAUUGCAACACAUACCUGGCCUGGAUGCAUUUGUAUUCAAGAAAGUAGCAUGUGGUAGUUGCCAUACUUUGGCUGUGAACGAGUGGGGACAACUUUUUAGUUGGGGCUCUAAUAUGAGGGGUCAACUAGGGUUAAAUAGUGUUGAUUGUACAGAACAUACACCACGUAUGGUAAAAACAUUGGGUACAAGUGUGAUAGUGCAAAUUGCUUGUGGCGUAGAGCAUUCGAUUGCCUUGACCAAUGAUGGGGAGUUAUAUGCAUGGGGUAGUAAUACAGAGGGACAGCUAGGAAUAGGACCUCAUGUAAUUACUGAAAUAAAACCAAAAAGGAUUUAUACUUUAGCCGCUGUACCAAUUGCAUUUAUCACUUGUGGAGGAUAUCAUACUGUAGUUAUAUCAAAAUCAGGAGUUGUAUUUGCAUGGGGACGAAAUACUUUUGGACAAUUAGGACUAAAUGAUACACAGCAGAGGAGUGUGCCAUGCCAACUACGUACUCUGAGAAACGCAAAAGUAUGUUAUGCGGCGUGUGGUGAGGAAUUCUCUGUAUUUUUAACAUUGGAUGGUGGAGUGUUUACUUGUGGUGCAGGAAUGUAUGGUCAAUUAGGUCAUGGAAAUGGUAUGAAUGAAAUCUUGCCACGACAAGUUAUGGAAUUGAUGGGUAGCACAGUAACACAAAUAUCCUGUGGCAAAAGACACACACUGGCUUUAGUACCAUCUAGAGGUAGGGUUUAUGCAUGGGGUCUAGGUGGUGCUGGCCAAUUGGGUAAUCGUGCCUCACGAAGUGCCACAACGCCACAAGUCGUAUUGGGACCAUGGUCCUCGCCGAGCGGAUCAUCGAUGAAACUCGAGCUGUACUAUAGUCCACAAAUCGAUUGUGUCGUUAGACACAUUUUCAGUGGUGCUGAUCAUUGUUUUGUCACAAUUACCCCAAGAGAAGAUAAUAUAGAACCAGAUGACUGUAGAAUAUUAGGGUCAACCUCCCGAAUUCUUACAGUGACAGAGGAAAACCUAGCUGACUGUCAGAGGGUCCCAUCAGGCUCACCAGUUAAUCAUGAAUUAAUGACUUAUCUAGAAACUGUAUUCAAAAGUCAAGCGUGUAUAAAUGCGUCUUUUUUACUUGAUAAUGAGAAACAUUAUGGUUGUUCGAGCAAAAAUCAUGGGGUUGAUCUUGACCGCGCGAUUAAAUUAUUCGGAAUUAUCUCAGAGUUGGAGAACAAUACGAUUCAAGACUUGAUUUUUACAUGCAUAACCGAUAGUCUGAUACCAUCGUUCGUCGAUUCUCCACCUGACGUUGAGUCCUUGAGAGUGUAUUUAACGUUGCCACUGUAUCAUCGCUUUGCAAAUCUAUCAAAUUUUAGUUCUCUACAAAUGCCAUUCUGCAAAGCAGUAUUGAAACUGAAAGCAGAAGCUUGUAAGGUUGUGGGUAUAUGGUGGAGCGCAACCUCGGCAUACUAUUUUGAAAGACUAGUGAGGAUUUACAAGUCUACAGUGUUGCAUAUUGUGGAGCAAAUCCCAGACCAAGUUGUUACAUGGAAUGAAAAUCUAAAAUCUCUUUUAGAACUGUUACGAUUAUUGUACAAAUUAAAUAUAGUAGCUGGUAUAAGAGUACCCUACGAGACAUUUCACUUGCCAGAAUUGCCCCAGCAUAUAGAUAUCAAUCGUGAUUAUGUCUCGUGGAUAUCGGAAGAUGAUCGGAGUUACUAUCGUAAAAUAUACUUUUGCAAUUAUCCUUUCCUAUUCGAUGCUGAAGCAAAAACUACAUUGCUCGAAACAGAUCAAGCUAUACAGAUGCAAUCCGCAAUGCAUGAAGCUGCAUCACGAGUUCUAAGUGAUAUAAUGCUUGGUUUUACCAAUGGAAAUCCUCAGCGUUAUAGUCAAUUUGUAGUAUUGCAUGUGUCGCGGAACAAUAUGGUCCAAGAUACUUUGGAACAGUUAUCUCGAUAUGAUUCUAGUGAACUGAAGAAACCACUUAGAGUUAAAUUUCAAGGUGAGGAAGCUGAAGACGUAGGUGGCGUGAAAAAAGAAUUUUUCAUGCUUCUCCUGCGAGAAAUUCUUGAUCCUAAGUACGGUAUGUUUAAAGAAUAUGAGGAGACAAGGACAAUCUGGUUUAACUCGGACACAUUGGAUGAUGAAUCUAUGUAUUUCUUAAUCGGCCUUCUAUGUGGCCUGGCUAUUUACAAUUUCAUAAUCAUCGACUUAGCAUUCCCAUUGGCCUUAUAUAAGAAACUGUUGGGUGAAACAGUUGGAUUAAAUGAUAUCAAGAAUAUGUCACCCAUAAUAGCCAAAAGUAUGCAGAGUAUUCUCGAUUACAACGAAUCGGACUUUGAAGAAGUAUUUUGCUUAAAUUUCGAGAUAACCAGAGAAGUGUUUGGUGAGCAGAAAAGUUUCGAGUUUAUACCUGAUGGUAGCAAAGUUUCUGUAACACUAAGAAAUAAGCAACAGUAUGUGAAUCUUUACGUGGACUAUAUACUAAACAAGUCAGUGGAAUCACAGUUCAAAGCAUUUCACAAGGGUUUCCAUAAGGUGUGUGGUGGAAGAGUGCUAGAGCUCUUUCACAGCCACGAAUUAAUGUCCUUAGUAAUUGGUAAUCAAAAUUAUGAUUGGGAGGAAUUAGAAAAGAAUGCCAGUUAUAAGGAUGGCUAUAUCAAAAGCGAUCCCACUAUCGUGCUCUUCUGGCAAGUUUUCCACGAGUUGCCAUUAGAGGAAAAGAAGAAAUUUUUACUCUUCUUAACAGGCAGUGACAGAAUACCUAUACAGGGUAUGAAAGCUAUUAAGAUAACGAUACAACCGAUGACCGACGAACGUUUCUUGCCUGCUGCGCAUACGUGCUUUAAUCUGCUAGAUCUGCCGCGUUAUCAAACGCGUGAAAGAUUGAAAUACAAGUUGCUGCAAGCUAUCCAACAUAAUCAAGGGUUUUCACUCGUAUGAAAACGAAAAUUCACGUAUAAAGCCUUUUUCAUGACUCAUAUAAUCGUUUAAUUGUUAACUCUACUUACAUACGAAUUUACAUCCAAUUACAAAUUUAGCGAAAAUGAAAUAUCCAUGAAGAACAAGUUCCUUAUGUAAAUGUGUUAAAUGGUUAUUCAUGCAUAGAAAAUUAAUCGAUUACUUUGAUUUUUCUUCGAUAUUUAAUUAGAUAUUAAAAAGGAAUUCUGUAUUUCUUACAUUAGUCAUGCAUAAAAAUUAAAUGCUCAAUGAUUACACCCAAUGAAUUACAUAAAAAAAUCGAAAAAUAUAUAUGUAAAAGAUUGAAAUAUUGUGAUAAUGACUCGUCAAUGAGUUAUGAAGUAAACGAGUUCUAAAAAUUAAAUUUAAACUUUCUACUAAAAAAAAUAUUGAUAAUUGAUUUAAGUCGGCAUUAGCCGGCUAAUGCCGACUUAAAUCAA